AAUAACUUUUCUUUUCAAAUAUUUAUACGUCUUCUUUAAAAAUAAUAUAGAUAUAUGGUUCGCUUGACACUAAAAUCUAUUGCGCUAACAUCAUGGUGCGAAUUACUACAACGAGGGUUGACAUUUCGUCAGGGAAAAAUCGUUUCCCAACUGGUUUCUACAAAUUACAUAUUACAAUUCAUUAACUACGAAGAUAUUGUAUCGACAAAAGUGGUUAUAUUUGAAGCUUAUUCAAGUACAAUUAAAGUGCACGACGUUCCCCUUAAACCAUUAUUAGUUUCACUUUUUAAACUUAUUAAAGAAAAGGUUCGUGAUAAACCUAAUUUAACCGUAAUUGUAACUCAUUCUAUAAGCGUUGUUAAUGCUUUUCUUGAUAUUUAUCGUUCUUCUGCAAUGGAGGGAUCGAGUAAUUGGCUAGUUCCAAGUCUUAUAUCAUUAUUAAAUAUGUUAGAUGCUGCUGGUGUUGAAGCGGAUGCUCAAUGUGAUUUAACAGGUGUUGAAGAGGAUGAUGUUGGAAAUUCUAUCUCCAAUGAAGAACGAUUCCAAUAUGGAGCUUUACGUCAGACUCAAAAUCAGCAAAAAGUUUUAAAUACUAUUCGACAGCAUAUUGGUAAAUUUCGUGGUGAUGAAUUCCGCCAAGCUGGUUAUAUUGUAUUAAUGAGUGAAUCGAUACAACUUUGCAUGAGACUAGGUAACAUUCAAAUGGCUUCUGCUUUUUUAAAAACUGUUGAGUCAAGUCAUCUUGACGUGUCUAAAAUUCCAAGAGCCCCUUUAGUAACAUUCAAAUACUUUCUUGGAAAAUUAUAUAUGCAGCAAGAAAAGUUUCAAAAGGCGGAUGAAGCCUUAACUUGGUCGUUUGCUAAUUGUAGUGAAAAUAAUAAAGAACUGAAAAAACAUAUUUUAGAAUGUUUAGCCGCCGUUCGGUUAAGAAAUGGAAAAAUACCUUCCAAUGCACUGUUAAAAAAAUAUAGUUUAAACCAUUAUGCGGAUGUCGUUCAAGCAAUAAAAACGGGAGAUAUUCGUUGUUUCGAGUCAACUCUGUCAUCGAAAACGGAUUUAUUUGUUGAGGAGGGCACAUUACUUUGCGUUGAGAAGCUAAAAUUUAUUGUUUAUCGAACUUUAUUUAAAAGAAUACUUGAAUGGGCUAAAAAAGAACUUUAUGAUGGGAAAAUUAUCAAUGUUGUACCACUUGGUGUGUUUACCGCAGGAUUUGGUUGGCAAAUUGAUGACAAGUUUGUUCCUUUUGAUAAUGAAGAAAUGGCUUGUAUUACUGCGAAUCUCAUUAAACUUCGUUAUGUCAAGGGGUACAUUGCGUGGGAGUAUGGUAAAAUUGUUUUAUCUAAACAAACUCCUUUGCCUCGACUUAAACAAGUACAAAUUUCUUAAGGAAUUCUUUAUAACGUUAUCACAAAAAUAUUAUACUGAGUAAAAUAUUUUGGGCUGUCUUCUAAUGCGAAAAGCAACAACGCAACCAUUCACCGCAACCCAUUGAACAUAAACAUCACGUGUUAUUGAUUAAAUUACUGUUUCUCCUUUCCUCCUAACGCCACGUUCAACCGAAGUUACAUCAUUUGGAAACAAAGGAAUUCUAAUACAAAAAACGCCAUUAAUUUGUGAAAAUCUUAUUCUUGUAGUUGUGCAUGAAUUUUUUUCCUUUUGAAAAGUGCGCAAGAUAAAAAAAAAACCCUUUUUUCCACUGUCUUUGUUAAACAUUUAAUUUUAUGUACCAAUUUUUUUUGUUGGCGAGGUAGAGGAAAAGAAAUCAAUUUUAUUGAACCAUUUUUUGGUAAGUAUCCGAAACAAAAAAUAAAAUCUCAAUAAGAUUUGUAUAAUUUUUUUUUAUUAGCUUUGAUUAAAAAAGCAACAAAAAAAAUAUUGAGACCGAACACAAAAGAAAACCUUCCUAGUAGAAAACAAACUGUCAUGCUUUUUAUUAACAUAACAUAUGAAAUUGACACAACUAAAAUAAACUGCACUUUAAAUUUUUGAAAUGAGACAUUCUACACUGCAAUAUACCAGUUUUUAUAAGCGGAAAACCUACGGUCGUUUAUAUGUUUCAAAGAACAGAUCUUAAAAUCACCUUGCAAGCCAAAUGUUGUAUGAAGACAUUAAGUUUCCAAGUGUCACUCUACUAUCUUAUACUACUAUAAUAAUACGUCAAAUCAAAGGUAGUGGCCCUCUUUACAAAUCCGCGUU